CGGGGCUUAACUUGUCAAGUCGGUUCGCAGUGGUCUUUCGCGCUGUGAGUUCGUUGAGCCAAGCGCACUGCAGUCACAUCGGGGCGAACCGAAUCGGUGCACUGCGGGUGUAUCACCCCCUUCUGAGCGGCAUGCCCAUCAAGCUGUGUGCUGGGCUGCAUGCCACCGACCUGAAGCUGCACUCAUGCACCGUCGAACACGCGGUAAGCAGAAUGGAGGGCAGCCACAUAGACAGACGGACGACAGACAGCAAAGAAGUCAUCAAAAACGGCACGCUUACGCAUUGAGUUCAGGCCGAGUACUUCACCGGGUACUUCAGGGAGGCCAUGGGCGCGGGCAACCUGGGCAUCCCCAUAUCCGCCGACCAAAUCGCUCUUUAUCGCUGCACUGAGGUGCACCCCAAGGCCCACGGGCAGGACCACACUGCCCCGUCGAGUGCAUCCACUGACCGCAUCGAGGAGGGGGAGGUCAUCAUGGCGACCCUUCCCAACAAUAGCGGUAAGCGCACCACGCAGGCAGCCCGACGAGAGAGAGAGGGAAUGAGGGAAUGAGUGAGUGCUCUGUCUGUAUGCUAUGCUUCCUUCGCUGGCUGUCUGGCUGCAGUGUUUGGUUCUCAGCAUGCGGAUGACAUGUUGGCCAAGGCCCGGCACUACGAGCAGGAGGCCAUCCGGCUGGAGGAGAAGCUGCAGGAAAUGCAAGAACAAGUAAGCCAUUCGUUUGUCUACCCACCCACCCACCAGACCACCGAUUGAUUAUAUUACCUACCGGGUCCCUGCGGACACACAUCUAUCUAUCUAUGGGUCUGUCUGUCUGUCUGUCUGUCUGCGUACAGUACAAGUUGCUCGAGGAGAAGCUGUUGGAGGAGGGCAGUGCGCUCUACCAGGCCCAGCUCGACCGCGACGAGGCCACCACACGACUCAAGGAAUACAUGAGGCUGCACCCUGCUGGUCAGCGACGAUAAACUACGGCUGGGAGAAUAAGGGGGAGGGCGGCAUCGCAUCUGCGCUGCGCUCAGAUCCCAUCUAUCUAUCUAUGUGUCUAUCUCUUUGCGUGUGUCAUAUGACAUGUCAGAGGAAAGGGAGCCAGUGAGUCCUUCUACAGCUGCGGACUCUCCUCUCCCGUCGGCCUCGCCAUUCUCCCAGGAAGCGCCCUCAGACGGCAAGGCGCCCGGGGGUGGUGGUGGUGGUGGUGGUGGUGAGAAGGUGCCUGUCGCGGUAGCUACAGCGGCAGCAGUGCUGGACGAGGCUGGGGCAGGGCGGGCCGCGGCGGAAUCGCCCGAGGAGGCGCAUACCACCGAGACCACGGAGGGGACAUCUGGUGCGGUGGAAGCACACAACACACACCCGAGUGACACCUGCCUGAGAAAUCAUUUCUGUCGUUCGUCUGCCUGCGUUUCCUUCCUUUUGUUUCAUUCAGCCUCGGAUGCCCACCACCCGAAGCCUCCGCCGGCAAAGGCCAAGCCUGCAGCCAAACAAAGCGCCAAGUCCACGCCACCACAGCCCAAGACCAAGACGGCCAGCAAGACGGCCAGCGUGACGGCCGCCAAGCAGCCCCCAGGCACGGCCGGCAAGGCCAAGCCCGAAGGGAAUAAGGCGACGGCUGCCGGCAAGGCCAAGCCAAAAGGGAAUAAGGCGACGGCUGCGUGCAAGAGGACUGGCGGGCCGCCGCAUGUGACAGUGGCGCAUGAGGGCGAUAAGUGGCCAGGGGAGGGUGGGGCAGAGGGGCAGGGGAGCCGGCUGGUGCCCAAGGUCGUGCGUCAGGUGGUGUCGGGGGGAGCCGCUGUAGCCAAGGAGGUGCGCAAAGAGCAAGGCGACGCUGCGGCACCCUCUCAGGCUGGGGCCAAGGGGCGGCAGAAGUGGGUGCCGAAGGGGAGCUGUGCGGCGGCGAGUCCACCAGUCGGCAACCCAGGGGGCGGCGGUGCCAAGCCGGUGUACGGCGGGGUCACGAUCCUCCAGAGAGACCCCAACGCGCCGCCCGCUCCCAACCGCAGGCUGACAUGCCGAGACGCGCCUCCCCCUCCCCUCCUGUCCUAUGAGGAGCGGCUGGAGGAGUACGAGAUUGUCAAGGUAUGGGAGCUAGGGAUGGCCCCCAGUCCGACUCGGCCACCCACCACCGCCGAGGUGGCAAAUCGGCUCAUCAACCACCACCUCCAAUACAGACCGUAAGCAAGCCCACACACACACACACACACACACGCACAUUGGGCUCUUCACACAUCAGCCGAUUGUUUGUCUGUCUGUCUGUUUGUCUAUGUGUGUCACUCACUACUUACUUGUCCACAGAAAUGGCAACCGCAGACGCCAGUAACCGACAGCCUUCUCCUGCACCUCACACAAGACGCAUCCAUAUGUGGUGGGAAGAUAGCAUACCCACCAACACGCACGAACAUACAGACAGACAGACCCACAUUGACUGCAUUGCCCCUUUGCAUUGAUUGUGUCUGUCUGUCUGUCUAUCUGUCUGGCAGACGAGCGCCCCAACAUCUGGGGGCCUCCACUUCCCACCGACUCUCAACACCACCACCACCAUCACUGUCCCAGGUACAAACCCGAGGUAGCACACAGCACAGGCAGCAGGGGCUUUUGGGAAGGAAGGAAGGACGGGCAGGCAGCAGCUGAGGCAGCCAGACGUAGCUAAGGGAGCAACAUGAGAGGCGUGAUGGAAGGGUUGUCUGUCGGACAUGGCGGGCUGCCUGCAUGCAUCUUGCAAGUCAAGUCCCCUCUCUCCCUCCCUGUCUGGUCUGCUGCCUGCGUGUAUCCAUCUAUCUAUUAGGUUCUGACAAGCUGCUGGAGGGGUUAGGCGCUCACGAGCUGCACGCGUGCUUCAUGCACGUGUCGGUCCAAGGCUGCCUGGCCCUGCGCACCUCGUGCCGUGAGCUCUACCGCAUAUUGUCCAGCGACGCCUUGUUCUUCCGCCACCGAGUCAGCGCCCACCCUAAGCGGCGGUUCGCGCCGUUCGGGGCGUUUUCGCGGUCGCGUACGUGGGAGAGGGCGGCUUGGGUGCUCGAGCAGGAGUGGGACUGGUGCAGAUGGGCGUUGUUCUUCCAAUUCCUCAGGUAAGCGACGGACGCGAUACAUGGGCGGCAGAGCAAGAGGGGCGGGCAGCCACGAGUGUGUGUGUUGCAUGGGAUAUACCAGGUUGUGGUACGACACGCGUGUGUCGAUAAGUGACGAUGACUUCGACAUGGCUGGCCUGCAGUACAAGACACUGCUCACCCUGCCCGAGACCAUAGCGCAAUACAGAUUCUUCGGUCGGUCAUCCAACCUGACCUCACAUACAUGCACACACACACACGAGUGAGCAACCGUUCGUUCCAUUGUUCUUUGUCUGUCUCUGCCUGUGUGUGUGGUCGUGUCAGGUCACCAGGUGCAGACCCGGUCAAGCGUGCAGUCGAUCGAGCCCCUCAAGGACGACAACGAGGGCGGGCGGCUCAAGUUCGUCUCGCCCGCUCUCCGCAAAGGCAACAACGCCGCCUGGGUGGAGGCCGCCGACAUCGGCCAGCGGGACCCCGCUGUGCACAUCUGCUCCACCGACCCGGAGAAGGUGACCGACCAACGACAUAUAUAAGACACGCCCACUUUUGUGUACCGUUGCUGCUCUUGUGUCUGGCUGGGAUGUGUAUGCGUGUGUGUAGCAGGUGCGUUUGUUGGAUCGUUUCAACCAUUUCUCGACCUUUGUGCCGUGCCUCAUGCUGCAGGCUGCCGUUGCCGAGUGAGCCAUCCAGGCAGCCGAUACACCACACCAGAUUCCUUCGUCAGUUUAUUUGCCUCUCUCUCCCUCUCUCUGCGUGAGUUAAUAGGAUCAAGAACUAUCAGGUGGCUGCAUUCCUGACGACUGACCUGCCGCCGGUGCAGGACGUCCUGCAGAACAGAAUGGGACUCGUGUUCGUCGGACGAGCCGUUGCACGACAGGUAUGUAUCCACCCACAUCCAUCCAUCCAUCCAUCUAUCUAUCCAUGGGUGUGUGCAUCCUAUCCCAUGCAUCCUCCAGGGUCACGUAGCAUUGAUGUGGUUGACGUCUCACGACAGCGAGCAGCUGGUGUGGGUCGGCAAGACCAACGAGGGCUCAUUCGUGCGGCUAUGUAUGCGGGGCCAACGGCACCACGACGCCAUUCGGGCGCUGCGCGACUUCGUCCGCCGACUCAAGAGCAGCCCACGCAUCACUUUCAGCUUCACCAAGGCCAUGGAAAUAUUCGACCCCGCCGAAGGCACCAACAAACCACGGUCAGUCGGUCAGUCCUGCCAUCAACCAACCACACAGACAGACGGAUACAAACCCAUCUCCCUCUCUCUGUGUGCAAUGUCGUCAGUUUUGUGACAGCGGAUGAGUUGCUGGAGGUUGGUCCUCGCGAGGAGAGUAAGCCCAUCCCCAUCCCACCAUCACAGCCGCCAGCAGGGGUCAUCGGGGCGGUUGGGGGCGGGGGCAACGACGAGGCAGACGAUGACGACGGCCUGGAUGUCCAAGACGACGACCAGCCCAUGCCCCACCAGGGCGGCGGUGGGGCCGCGUCGACGUUCGACGCCGUGUCACAGCCACAGUCACAAGCCGCUGGUCUGGCUGCUGUUGCUGGUGCUGCUGCAUCGCCCCCUGCGGCCUCUGGUGCGUCUCGUGCGUCUGCUGCGUCGGCAUCGAUGGACGUGGAUGAGGACGGCGACGCGAUAAUGGCGCUGACGGAUGUCCAGGCCAACAAUGGCAGCAAGCAGUGACAUAGAUAAACCACAUGAGCGAGGGGCUCCCUUUGAGGUGAGGCGGGCGGGGUCAGCCGGGAGAGAUCGAUGACGACAGUCCGAACGAGGGAGGCGUUUUGGCUUCUUGUGUGUCAUUGCGAUAGAUGUUCUCAGAUAUGGUUGGUUAACCGCUGCCGCCCGCAGAGACAGACAGACAGACAGCCCCUUUCAGCGGCCAGUCUUGUCUCGUGUACACAUAGCGUAUCUCCCUCCCUGGCUGCCUCGUGUGACAUGACAACAGAAGGACAGUCUAUUGUGAAUGGCUUGCCGGCCCUCCCUGUCAUCAAUGUGUGUGAUGCCUUUCUUCGUGCCUGUGGUCGUCUACUGCAUGGCUGGCUGGCUGGCUGUCGUGUGUGUCUUGAGGGGCUCAGGGCCGAUCGACACGAGAAAGACAGACAGCGACAGAGGGGGUGAGGCAGCACAGAAAACGAUUCCACUGGGGCUGGCUGGCACCAGGAAUGAUAGAGAUGGCUAGUUGCGCCGGCCGGAGGGGGGUGUGUGUGUGUGCGUGCGGACAGACGAUGCAAUGACUCCCUGCAGGGCCCAGCUUUAAACCUGUCAGUGCACG